AUGCUAAUGAAAAUAUCUAUAUUUAUAUAACCCUUAGAUAAUUCAGCUUGGUUUACAUUUUUGCCAUUCGCAGUAGGGCAAUUAUGGAAACUUUCAAAUAUGAAUCUGACACAAAGUGAAUAGAGAUAAAAUCAAAGAAAGAGAUCAAUAAAAUAUUAGGCUGCUCAAACUUAUUAGGAAUUUUCAGAAAAAUUAGAUGGAGGAUUUGUUUAAAUAUGUAAUAUUGAAACAGUUUCUUAGAUGUUAAAAUUUUGAGUAGAACCAAGAAAAAAUUUAGUCAAUAAUGAAACAUUAGAAAAUUCAUUAACUUAUUAGGGAUUAUUGUUAAAUUUAAUGAGUAAAAUUUCAACUUAAUUAAUUAUGGAACAUAAAAUAUAUGAUGAAUUAUUAUCAAUAUACUUGAAAUUAGAUGCAAAUAAAUUAGCAGUUAUACUAUAUAGAUUUAUUGAAAUGACAAAAUCAAUAUUAGAACAUACUUAAAGUACAGAAUUUAAUUGUAAUUUAAUAUUUUAAUAUUAAGGAACAUCUUUAUUAUUAAAUUCAUUGGUAUAUGCUUAAUAAUUCAAAUGUUCCUAAUAUAACUCCUGCAAUUGAGAUUUUAGGAAGCGUUUGCAAAAAUGUAAGGUAAAUAUUUGAUUGGCUAUGGGUCGAUUAAUAAUUAGCUACAGAAUCAUUAAUGUUAUUGUUUAAAUUUUAAAAGAAAUUUGAUAUAGUUAUUGAAGAAGAAAAGAAUGAGGCAAAUAAAUAGUAACCUUCAGAAGAAGAAUUUGCUAAUAAAUUAUUGAUGGUUGAAUCCUAGAAAUAGCCAGGAUAACCAUAAUAAUAUAUAGUGGAAUAUUGGUAACUAAAUAAAAAAAGAGUUAAAGCUAAAAUUCAUGUUUUAACUCUUAAAGAUGAAUUUUCUGAGAAUUAUAUUCUUGAAUUUUAAUUAGAGAAAUCUAUUGAAUUAAAAUAAAUUAGAAUUGGAUUUUAAGCAUACACUCCAGAAAUAUACUGA